CCGCUGCAUCUGACACCGGCAACGUGUCCCUAUAAGCAUAGUGGUGCACGCUGAUUAUCACUUGGACACAUAAACUUCACAACAAAAUGAAACUUUCAAAAACUAAAUAAUGUUAAGUUUGCCACUCUAACGGAAACAAAAUAAAUGCGAGUUCGGGUUAUCAAAAGGGGAAUAACUUUUUUUUCAGCUUGUUACUUUCAACCGCACGAGGGCGCUGUUGUUGCACAUAUUUUUUGCUUCCACAAAAUGGAAGUUUCCGUCGAGACUUCGUAGCGUUCUUAACAACCAUCAAAACGGAGCAAGUUGCUGUUAGGAAACAAAUCCUUAGUUGCUGCGUCUGUGUGAGCUGAAGGCGGAAGCUGCAUUUCCAGUAAGUUGUCUUUUCAUCUCUGGCUGCAAAGAUGAUGGAGUUAAAUCUGCAUAGGGCUGACUACCUCCAGGUUGGAGUGACGUCGCCUCGAAGCAUGAGGUUACUACCGGAGAAGAAACCCAAAGCAGUUCAGAAAGUGGCUGUCGCAGAUCAAACUGGCGUAUUACAGUGCUUCAAUAUGAAGAAAGGAGAGCCAGUAAGUGCCUUUAAGACUCUCCCUGGACCUAAGAUUGCUCGUCUGGAGCUCGGAGGGGCCUUGGGAACGCCUCCGGACAAAGUGUUCAUCACAUCCGGGUCAGAGGUCAAAGGUUUCACCAAGAAGGGCAAGCAGUUCUUGGGGUUUGACACCAAUCUGACAGAGAGCAUCAAAACAAUGUGGGUAUGUGGCAGCCAUCUUUUCCUAGGCGGUAAUUACAUCUUUAAUCACUACAUCGAUUGCAAAGAUGAGAAUUACUAUCUCUGUAGCGACCGCAUCAACGAUAUCAUCUGCUUGCCGCUGAACCGUGUCAAGGAGGUGACUCCCGUCCUAGCGUGCCAGGAUCGCGUCUUGAGGGUUCUAGAUGGAUCCAACCUAUUGUAUGAAGUGGAAGUGGCCGGGCCCCCACAGUCACUGUGUUUGUUUGCUGAUGAGGGAGGUGAGGACGGUGAAGAGGUUCUGUAUGGAACAUCUGAUGGCAAGGUCGGACUGGUGCAGCUUGGAAGAACUACUCCAAACCAUAAGUGGGAGAUACCAAAUGAGAAGCGUAAUGGGGGUGUUCUCUGCAUGGAUAACUAUGACAUCACUGCAGACGGGAUAGCUGAUUUGCUGGUGGGGAGGGACGAUGGCUUGAUGGAAGUGUACGGAUAUGAUGAAUCUGAUGAACCUGUUUUGAGAUUCAGUCAGACUUUGAGCGAGAGUAUCAGCUCUAUUCAGGGAGGUGUGUUAGCAACAGCCGGAUAUGAUGAAAUAGUUGCAUGUACAUAUGCAGGUUGGAUUCAAGGACUAAGCACGGAGCCGCCUCAAAAAGAAGCCGGGCCUGGAGAGAAAGUCAAAGUCAGUCAAGACACUCAGAAUAAGAUCACGCAUCUUAAGACAGAGCUUGAAAAUCUUCAACGCCGUGUCAUCCAAGAAAGGGAGAAGUACCACUACUCGGCAAUGAACACUAAAGCCAUCUCGGCCGUGCCGUACUUCAACAUCAACGAUCGCUUCUCGCUGAAUCGAGACGAUGCUAGCUACACGCUAAGCAUCGAAGUACAAGUUGCUAUCGACAACGUGUUGCUGCAGAGUGACGUCCCGAUUGAUUUGUUGGACGUAGACAAAAACUCUGCUGUGGUUAGCUACAGUUCCUGUGAUACAGAGAAUGGCAACUUCCUGCUGGCUACCUAUCGAUGCCAAGCCAACACAACGCGGCUGGAGCUGAAAGUGCGAUCAAUAGAGGGCCAAUACGGUGUAUUACAAGCGUACAUCACACCGCGGCUACAGCCGAAGACGUGUCAAGUCAGACAGUACAGAAUCAAACCUUUAUCUCUCCAUCAGAGGACUCAUGUACUUGAUGACACAAGGCCGAUGAACUCGCUGAAGCUGAGUGGUCAGUUCAGCUUGGCCGAGAUCCACUCCUGGGUAUGUUUCUGUCUCCCUGAGAUUCCAGAUCGGACCCCGCCCGGUGACAGCAUCAACUUUCACUUCCUCUCAACAUUCCUGGAUACACAGCUAGAUUGCUUCUAUAAGAAAGGCGAGGGCAUUUUCCGUUCCGACAAUAUCUCGACCAUCUCCAUCUUGAAAGAUGUCUUGACGAAGGAGGCAACAAAGCGUAAGAUCAAUCUGAACAUCAGCUACGAGCUUCAGGAUGAAUCCGUCCCUGACACCUUGAAACGUCUCCAUCCAAAACUGGAGUAUCAACUCCUCUUAGCCAAGAAAGUGCAGCUCAUUGAUGCAUUAAAGGAGCUUCAGAUUCAUGAAGGAGAUCUUGAGUUCAUGUCUCCAGAGUAUCGGCAGAUUCUUAGCGAGGCGGACAAACUUCAGGCAGAGUACAAGAAGCAACCCUGUCACCUUGAGAGACUGUACGGCAUGAUCACCGAUCUCUUCAUCGACAAGUUUAAGUUCAAGGGAACCAACGUCAAGACUAAGGUACCUCAACUCCUCGAGGUACUAGAUAACUACGAGCUUCAAAACCUCAUUGAUUUCUUCACCUCGGGAGGGUCGUAAAGAACUCUAUAACUAAAGCAUUAUUUAUUGAAUAUUGAGAAAUGUUGUUUUUUAGAGGUCGUUCAAACACAGUACUUAAGUGGGUUUGAAGGCAGUUUAACUCAUUUGAGUUUAACAACAUUGUGUGUCUGCACACGUUGGGAAAACUUAACCGUAUACCAUACAGCUAAACCCUAAAUGAGUUAAAUUGGUCGACGAGGGUGGUUUAACUCUUAAACUACUUCAGGUUUUCUUUUAGCACGGUGUGUGGCAGAAUAAAAAGUACCACAUCCAGUUUUAACUCAAAAUAGAUGACUGGUGUUUGAUCCUUGCUGUUUGACCUCUUAAAACCGAAGACAAACCAAAUCGGGUUUAACUUUGAACUGUUUUAAUGCAGUUUUAUUUGUAGGACCUCUGCUUGUGAAGUUAAACCGGGUUCGAGUCUUACUUAGGUUGGAUUAGCUCCUCUGUAUUGUUAGAGGUAGUUUAUGAGAUUCUGUUGACCUCGCUUAAAGGAACAUUACAGAAUUGGUUUUGCUUGCAAAAAAGUUGCUGUCAGUGUAAGCACUUUUUGUUAUCCAC